CCAACAGGGAAGAGCUUCUCCUGUACUGAGUGCAGGAAGAGGUUCCAUUCAAAAUACAAACUUAAUGUGCAUAAAAGAUCUCACACAGCUGAGAAGCCAUAUUCCUGUCCUGAGUGCGGGAAAUGUUUUGUAAAAAAAUCAGAUCUUGUUACACAUCAGAGAUCUCACACAGGGGAAAAGCCAUAUUCCUGUCCUGAGUGCGGGAAAUGUUUUUCAGUGAAGUCCCAUCUUUACAGACAUCAGAGAUUACACACGGGGGAAAAGCCUUAUUCCUGUCCUGAGUGUGGGAAAUGUUUUUUAUAUAAAUCAGGACUUGUCAGACAUCAAAGGUUUCACACUGGGGAAAAGCCUUAUUCCUGUCCUGAGUGUGGGAAAUAUUUUUCCCUGAAGUCCAGUCUUUCCAAACAUCAGAGCUCUCAUUCGGGGGAGAAGCCGUAUUCCUGUCCUGAGUGUGGAUCAAAUCUUCUUACCCAUCAGAGAUCUCACACGGGGGAGAAACCUCAUUGCUGUCCUGAGUGUGGGAAAUGUUUUUCAGCGAAGUCCAACCUUUACAGCCAUCGGAGAUCUCACACGGGGGAGAAGCCAUAUUCCUGUUCUGAGUGUGGUAAAUGUUAUGUACAUAAUUCAGGACUUGUCAAACAUCAAAGGUUUCACAGGGGGAAAAAAAUCCGUAUUCUUGUCAUGAGUGUGGGAAAUGUUUUUCAUUGA